AACUCAAAGAAAAAAAAGUGGCAGCACUUCCUGUAAAGAUGGCGGCGAGCAGAGGAUUGUGGAGGACGUGCAGCCUUGUGUCAUCCAGAACCCCACUCCUGUUCUCCACUGCUGUCCGACCGCACAGUUCGCUGAGUGGGGACCUGGUUCCCCGGACCUCGCUGUCCAGGCCUCCGUGGCCGCAGCACACGAGCCUGGAGCCGCAGGAGCAGGAGGCGGAGCGGCGUCGACACGCCGCCCUGGUGAACACCGUGAACCAGCGGAUCCAGCAGCAGGACAUCGGGCGGCUCUUCGCCGUGGUGCACUUCGCCGGGCGUCAGUGGAAGGUCACCGGGGAGGACCUGAUCCUGAUCGAGAACCACAUCGAGGCAGAGUGCGGGGAGCGGAUCCGGAUGGAGAAGGUGUUGCUGGUCGGGGCCGAGGACUUCACUUUGAUCGGAAGGCCUGUGCUGGGCAAGGAGCUGGUCCGGGUAGAGGCCACGGUGGUCGAAAAGACCGAAUCCUGGCCCAAAGUCCAUAUGCAGUUCUGGAAGAGACACCGGUUCCAGCGCAAGAGAAUCAUCGUACAACCGCAGACGGUGCUGAGGAUCAACAGCAUAGAAGUGGCCCCGAGACUGACAUGAUGAGGAUGAUGAUGAUGACGAUGACAACGAUGAAGAGUUCACACUCUGACUGACUGGGUUUCGUUUGUUUGUUCUGACUGAGCAGAAAUAUGUAAAAAGGUUGUUUUUCUCUAAAUACAAGCGAACCAGGACUUUUGUAAAUAAAAGACAAAACUGAUGGAAAUGUGUUUUAAUAUUUGUGCUUUCGAUAAGUAAACUCUUUAUAAACGUAAA